AUGUACCUCAGCGACCACUCCCGCUCCGACUUGUACUGCGCCCUGGGCCUCAACACCACCCAGUUCGACCGCCACGUCAUCGUCGAGACCAACAACGCCGCCGCACGCGUGUUCCCAGAGGUGCCCGACUGCGACGCCCCCGGCUUCUGGGAUGUGAUGGACCGCAUGGUGGGCUACAACGAGAAGCUGAUUGCCGUCGACCGCAGCGAGGCACCCGAGUUCCUCAAGAAGCUGCAGAAGCUGCCCUACACCGAGCGCAUCCUGGCGGGCUGCCUGCAGCUCUUCUUCAUGCCCACCAGGCGCUCCGGCAGCCUCGACAUCGAGGGUGCGGGCAGCUACCUGUACUGA